CUCCGUCCGCUUUUCAUUCACAGGCGCCGCAUGACCCGCCGUCUCCCUCCGCCGCUCCAAGCCGCCGGUCCGCCUCGCGCGUCUCUCGCUUUCAUUCACUUCUCCUCUCCCUGUGAACUUUUUCGAGGCGUCCCGGUUGAGUCCCCCGCGCGGAUGAGCGCUCGUGCCCACUUGUUGUUGUUGGGGGUGUGUGUGACAGCACUUUUCGUGAAGCGGAGCCGGUGUUGUUUAUUAAGUUUAAACGGGCAGUUUGGAAGUUGGAACUAAGCGGAUGAUUUGAGGCUGAAGCGCCGCUUCAUUGAGUUCGGCCCGGUUCGGUGCCGCUGUCAUCAGAUAUGGAAACUUUGGCAAACCGCCUGUGGAUGACAUGAAUGACAAACAGGACAGGCCUUAUUUGUGCGGCGCUCCUGGCUGCUCACAGCGCUUCCAGCUGGAGGAGCAUCUGAACAUCCACAGACACAAGCAUGAGAUGACUCUCAAGUUCCCCUCCAUAAAGACGGACACAGCUUUUACAGACCAGACGCCGACGCCGACCCGAUUUUUGCAGAACUGUGAAGAGGUCGGUCUCUUCAAGGAGAUCGAAGAGGAGUUCCUUCAAGCGGAGAAGGAGGAGAACGAGAAGCAAACACUCUCCCAUAAUGGGCCAUCCUGUAUGAACCAGCACCCGGUCAAAGCCCAGCUUCAGCUGCAGCACCCCCAGCCGCUGCUACAGCACCUGCAUCACCCUCAGAGCCAUGGCGCCAUGAUGAGCUGCAGCCUGGCGGCCCAACAAGCUCGGUCCUCCGCCUCUCAGUCGGAGUCUGUCGUCACGCAGGCUUCUUCCUCUCUCACGCAUUCAGGACCUGUUUCUGGGGCGCUGUCCUGCCACCUUCACAUGCGGAACCGCCACAGACAACCCCUCACAGGUUCCUUACCUGGACCACUCCCAGACCCCGCCAUGCAAGGAGCAUCUGCUCAACAAAUGAACGUAGAAAAGCAGAUGUCUUGUGCAAUGAGUAUACAGGCUCCUGUACAUCACCCCCCCAGCUCCUCACCUCAGAGAGUCAAACAGAUGGUGGGGCACCAUUACCAACAGCAGCUCCCAGGAAUCCCCCCCGUCAACCACAUGGGUCACAUGAUGGAGAUGAUGUCACACCGCCACCAGGCCCCUCCCUUACAACACCACCAUCACCUCCCUCAUCAUCCCCAGCUUUCAGCUCCACCCCUCCCAUAUCAGCAGCGAUGUCAUGCUCCGCCUCAUCAACGCCACCAGCUUCAUCAGUCAGUGAACGUACCCCACGCUCACCAUUCACCGCCUGCACAUGUGCACCAAGGCUCACCGCCCGCCCCUCCACUGUCCACCGCACCGCAGUUAUCCCCACUUGCACAACAGAUGCAACUCUCACCGCACUCCCAGCAUGCAGUGCAAGCAGCAGGGAGCUGCAGCAGUGGUGGAGGAGGCAACCGCCGCAGACGGAGCGUCGAACAGGACCCGGAUGAGCGACGGCAGAAGUUUCUGGAAAGGAACCGGGCUGCAGCCACCCGCUGCCGGCAAAAGAGGAAACUGUGGGUGUCGUCGCUGGAGAAGAAGGCUGAGGAGCUGACGCACACAAACCUGCAGCUACAGAACGAGGUGACAUCGCUGAAGUCAGAGGUGGGGCAGCUGAAGCAGAUCCUGCUUACCCACAAGGACUGUCCUGUCACCGCCAGGCAGAGAGAGGCACAGGGGUACCCCCCUGCAGGGGUGAGUCCAGGAGGAAGUCCCACCCCUGCAGGUCCUGGGUCUCGCAUGCAGGCAAUCCAACACAACAGCAUUUCCACCUCCUCGACGGCUGGAGGCGACACCGGCCGCGGCCCCCAGCCGGGACAUUAAACUUUCACGCACAGACUGAGUCUCAUAAUUAUUGAGAACACUGACUAUCAAACUUUUUGAUCAGAGAAAAGCCCAGAUUUCAUAUUUCUUCACAUCAGGUCCCACUUUGUGAGCCUUUUUUAAAAACUGUGAUGGUUGCAACUAGAUGCACAAAGUAGCAGGUUAUUUUUGUUUUGUUUACAUCGCUUUAAGCAUUACCUGCCAGCCAUCUUGUUCUUUGUCUUGCACUAAUUUUAAAAACAAAAGGUCUUUAUGAGUCUGUAUAACUAACUGAGCAGCUGCAAGAAUGCACCUGGUGCCUUUUUAAUUGAAGCAAAGGAAGUUUUGCAAUAAAUAAUGUAUUUGUUUUGACUAGAAUAAAUGACUAUCAAAUGAUAUAUUUAAAUUUCUGUGACUUUAUGGUCGUGUAAAUAAAACAAAACCCAUUUAAGAAGCCAUUUGAUUAAAAAAAUGCCGACUGUACAGUGUUUCCUGACAGGUACACUUUUGUAAUUUGUAAUUUUGAUUCACUCAAAAACUUUGUAUUGCACUUCGAUUCAAACCCCAGUCGAAACAUUUACACUUAAAUAUUUUUUUUGUACUGUAAAGAUGUGGACAAUCGCUGUAAAUGUAAUACUGAAAUAAAAAGAGAUAUUCUGGUAA